AUGGACAGAUACCAUUUGAAAAAACUCUUUAUGGAAGACAACAUCGGAAGUAUUGAAGUUACAACAGCAGGGGGUUCGGAGACCCAGCUGUCGGCAGGGGAAAGCGCGCAAGCAGGCUUUCUUCGGUCGUCAUCAUGCAACUGCAGAGUUUUGGAGGUUUCCAGUCUGGCCUCCACUUCUUUAAAUGCUACAGCUGAUGAAGAGUCCGUGUCUAUUGUUUACAAUGAUAAUGAUUCUACCGUUAGAGAUCCAUCGAUAGCGGACCUAGGCCGUUUAAAUGGAAGAAAAAGACGACUACCAGCGUCAUCAACAGAUUACUCAUGUUUGAAGAAACUGAGAGAUGGCUCGUCCAACGGCCCUGUGUCAAUAAACUAUUACAGCACGGCGUCACCGUCCUAUAGUUUAGACUCACCAACUUAUAGCCCGCCGUCUACGUCCUAUAGUUUAGAUUCACCAACUUAUAGCCCGCCGUCUACGUCUCAUAGUUUAGAUUCACCAACUUAUAGCCCUCCGUCAGCGUCCAAUAGCUUAGAUUCACCGACCUAUAGCCCGCU